GCGAGCGCGCGCCCGCCGCGUGAAUGGAGGCAGCAGUCAUGAGGAGAGAGCGAGCUCGCACUCACACACUCGCCGACAACAUGGACAGGAGCGACGGAAGCAGCCGCGGCGACGCCGUGUGAGGAGCUGCGGCGGACGACGACGACGACGGCGACGACUCCCGGACGAUGGAAACCCUCCAGGACUGAAGAGAGGACUUCACCUGUCAUCAUUCGCUGUCCUGAAUACACAAACAGAUCCACUCUCCCUCUCUCCUGUUCUGGAGUCAUGGAGUCCCCCGAAGGAUCCAGCUUCUCGGGUGAUGGACAGGUCACCGCGGGGGUCCAUCACGGCCGCUCCGAUCUCACCGGACUCUACCAUCUGGGUCGUACUCUGGGCAGAGGUCACUACGCCGUGGUCAAACUGGCCCGACACGUCAGCACCGGGCAGUUGGUCGCCAUCAAGAUGAUCGACAAAACCAAACUGGACAUCAUGGCGACCAGUCACCUCCUGCAGGAAGUCAGGUGCAUGAAGUUGGUGCAACACCCCAACGUGGUGUGUCUGUACGAGGUCAUCGACACGCCCACCACCCUCUACUUGAUCAUGGAGCUGGCGGAAGGCGGCGACUUGUACGACUACAUCCUUCGUCAUGAGAGGGGCGUGGCCGAGGGGACGGCCAAGCGCCACUUUGCCCAGAUCGUGCGCGCGGUCUCGUACUGCCACGAGCUCCAUGUGGUGCACCGCGACCUGAAGCCGGAGAACGUGGUCUUCUUCCCCCAGCAGGGAGCCGUGAAGCUGACGGACUUUGGGUUCAGCAACCUCUUCCAGCCCGGCACCAUGUUGGCCACCAGCUGCGGGUCGCUGGCCUACUCGGCUCCGGAGAUCCUUCUGGGAGAGGAGUACGACGCGCCGGCUGUAGAUAUCUGGUCCCUGGGCGUGAUCCUCUACAUGCUGGUGUGUGGAGUCCCUCCCUUCCAGGAGACCAACGACAGCGAGACCCUGGUGAUGAUCCUGGACUGCCGGUACUCGGUUCCGGACCACGUGUCAGCGGAGUGCCGAGACCUGAUCUCCAGGAUGCUCCAGAAGGAUCCGUGCCAGCGAGCCUCGCUGAAGGAGAUCGAGGCCCAUCGCUGGCUGCAGGGUCUGGACGACGCCCUGCUGAGCCCCGAGCCCCUGCCAGAGUGGCUCACCGGCGCCCUCUCCCCCAGCUCCCCUCGCUCAGGAGCACCAGAGUGUGGCGAUCUGCUGGCCGUGAGGCCCACAACCCAGUCUGGCUUUCCAGGGUCGUGGCAGCCGAACCUCAGCCUCUCGCUGCGGCCGCCUCCGGCUGAGGAACCUCCCGUGGCCAAGAGCGUAGCGGCGCUGCAGCAGAUCUGUGAGGAGGAGGAGGAAGAGGAAGAGGAGGAGGAAGGGGAGAAGGUAGAGGAAGAGGAGGCCGCUGUGGAGUGCAGCCACAAGGAAGAACGUGUAUCCUCAACGGACGACUGUGUGAUUUCUGAGCAGCCCAUCAGCUACGACACCAGUCUGGCCUGUGCCCAGUCACAUGCUCUGGACCCACCAGAGGGGGCCCAACCAGAACCCAACAACAACACAGACAAAUCCGCUCAGCUCCCUGCUGCAGCUGCCGGGCCGGACCUCGACCCUACAGAGAGGAGAGCGACUCGAGACGACCUGAACAGCGAGCGACAGCGACCUCUCACUGGGGUCGUGGGUCGAGAGGACGUCCCUGCGCGGAUCGAGUGCGGGAAGCGACACAGUAUCAAGCUGCGAGACCGGAUCUUUCAGUUCCCUCUGUGUGAGAAAGCUCUGGCCCUCAACAUCCCGACCCACAACAAGCCCAAGAUCCUGCCACUGGCUCAGUACAACUGCUGCCACGUGCUGUAGGACCAGUGACUCCCAACCUGCUCCACUAGGACUAGCUGUUCGGACCCCAACAAAUCUGGACUUCAAUGACCAAGUGCUUCUAUGAACUAGUUACCUCUCUGUGUCUGCAGGAGGACUAGUUUUGGUCAUCUUCGGUGUUGUAGGAAAACAGGUCUGGACUAGUGAAGCCUUUAACUGAACCAGUCCUUUGUUGAUCACGUACUGGUUAACCAGUGAUCUGACUAACUGGUCUGGUGAACUGGUCUUUUAACCAGUGAUCCUUGCUCUGUGGCUGACUAAGUGGUGCUCCACUUUGUAAAGUAAUAGUUCACUGCUAACUAGAAUGCACUGGACCUGUGAAGAGGACUAGCUUCCUCAUUGAACUGGUUCAUUUGACUGUUAACCUUAACUAGUUGAACCAUGUGCUUCUCAGCCGGUGAAUGGACUAACCAGUGAAGUAGUCAGCUGUACAUAUAUUCAUUUAUCUGUACAAGUUAAGAGCUGCUUCUCCAAACUAGUAGUGUGUUUCCUGGUUUCUGGUAACCGGUGCUCUAGCAUGUUAAGCCUGUCCUUGACUAGCUAACCGUACCUAUGUUUACGAGUUAACUGGUGCUAACAGUGUAGUAAACUAGUUCUCCAGGAAGAAUGAAGUGGGGUUCUGUAUAAGUCAGGUCAGUCAGAUUUACCGACUAGUUAAACUGGACUAGUGGAAUAGAUGUUGACUAGUUUCACUGGUUAGCACCGCUGAAGACGAGCUCUCUGUAAAAAAAAAGGUCCCGGGAAAACAAGUUGUAAAUGUAGUGGCCACUGGGGGGCUCUAGGGAGCACUGACCAGACGACAUGGAGCAUGUCGUCUCGUGCAGAUGCUCGAUCUGACCAACAUAAGCUACACAUGGUUCUGAGGGACUCACUCGGGGGCCUCGUCUUCUCUUCACCGCCUCUCAACCAGCUUCUGCUUCACGACUUCUCUCCGACACCAGGAGACUGUGACUCUGUGAUGAGCGACUGAUGCACAAGUUCACGUGUCACGAUGUGAACUGGACCGUGGGAUGCUGGUCUUCCAUUGUUUUUUUGUUUUGUUUUUUUUAGAACCAUCUGCCUCAUGUCACAUCCGCGAAGCUGUUGAUCACAUGACUGAUGUUCUCAUGAAGGACCUAGCUGCAUGUCCAUUCCUGAUGUGUUGUCAACCUUGCUCACAAAGCUCCUCAGAUCGGUUCAUUCACAGCUUUUAUUUUCACUCAACCUCAUGUCUUUGCUGUAGUCCACGACCUUUAUUUUGAAACCGACCUAAAACGUUUCUUUAAAUGGGAUGAUAUAUUAUAUAAUAUUCUUUGCCGAAGGCAGUUUAUUUGAUCCACUCAGCGCUACUUUUGUAGAAGCUGUUCCUUAAUUCUCGACUCAAGUAGAAUUUGUUCCUUUUUCUGCCACACACUUCAUCGUGAAGUUAGCUUAAGUUACUUCCGCUUCAUCGCCAUUUAAAUGAAGCCAAAAAUGUGGGUUAGCUUUCACUUAAGACAACACACGUGUUAAAGCACGUCCUUAAAGGUCGGUCACUGUCGCCUUACACAAUUUGGUUUGCCUCUUUUCAGAGGAAAACUCUAGACCUCCGGUUUCAAAAUAAAAGUCGACCAGUCUCCUCGCUGGCUGGGUGAAGACAGCCGGGAGUGCAGAAACGUGUUUAACCUGCUUCCUGUUUGGACCCGGUGGACAAGCGAGGCCGGAAUUCGCUGCAGUCUGUUGCUGAUCUACUGACCCGCUCGCCACUUCCUGUUGCCUUGAUUCUCUAUUUAUUUAUUAAACGGAAACGACCGUGAAUAUCGUGUUCAGUGUGUGAUUCCUCUGAGGCGGGACUGAACCACAUCAAGGUGAUGUUUACGACUUAACCGUCAAACUUCCAUUUACUGGUGAGGAAACAGCGCCCCCUGAUGGGGACCAAUUCGCUUCAACUGCUUUUAUUUAUUUAAAACUUCAGAUUUGCUGCGUUCGGAAAAUAAAAUGGCGUCGUAUUUUCUUUUCAUUUCGAUUUUUUUUAACGUGACGUUGUUUUCCAUUAUGAUUUCAUUUCAUAAUGGAAUGUUUUCGCCUUCUCUCGUUCUCUAGAAUCACUUUCGAUGACCUAUUUAUAAAACAUAAAAUCUUAAACUUCAGAAAUAUCUAUUUUCUUUCAUGAAAUAUAAAAUUCAUUGCACUUUAACAAUCGAAUAUUCCUUUCGUUUUCAUGCAUUCCUGAUCUUCCAACACUAUGUGUGAAUACUUGUGUGAAUUUAUUGAAAUAAAUGUAUUUUUUAAGUGGAUGUUCAAGUAU